AUGAGUCCAGCAGAUGCCGGUUGCUUGAUCUCUCUAAUCAAAAACUUGGAGCUGCAAUUAUCACUGGGUGACGUGGAGGAACUGGUGAAGUUAAUGAAAAACAUCUCCAAUGAGAUCACCAGAGAGACUGGAGCCACUACAAAACCACGAAAUUCAGUUCGAGCAUCAUUGAGCAAGAAUGUGGACCAAACUAAAUUUGGUAGCUUGGGCAAUGCCUUCGCAAUCAUCUUUGUCGAAGUGUUCGAAGUGGGUACUUUGGCUGCCUGCGAUUGGGAGAUCAUCGAAACUGCACUGGAAUGCAUUGUUGCAGCAAAGCAUGUGAGAGACUUCGAGCUCUUGGACUGGGUCCAAGAGGAGGAAGCGAGAAAAGCUAGGGAAGCAGAGGCGCUGAAGGAGAAAGAAAAUGCUGAGAAGGCUGAACAGGAGAAACUCAAACAACAGCACAUCAUGCGUCUGCAAGAGAUCAGAGAGGUCAAAAAACAAUGCGAACGUGAUGAAGCCAAACUUGUGGCGACAUGUCGAGAAUCUUCCAGCUCGCACUAUGUGGAUGGAGCUCCCAAACCAGCUGAUUUAUUCCGAGGAGACACACCCGAGAUGAAAAAGCCGAAAAACGACUAUCAUGCCAAGUUACCAAGCGGCACGCCAGAAUCUGCCAGAUCAUUCAUUGGUUUGGUGAAACUCUUGAAGAAGCAGCUUACACUGGAGGAUGUACACCAGUUGGCAGUUUUAUCCAAGUCCAUGAAGGAGGUUACAACAAUUUGGCAAAAACUUCUGUCCGACAAUGGGAACGUACUGCCUCCAGAGUGGAACGCAGAAGAAGAUUUGAGAAAUGUGCAACAUCGCUGUGAUGACACACUCUUCAGUCAGGUUGGGAAAGCUCUAGCAACAGUGUUGACCGAAUUGUUGCAGGUGAUUGACCUCGACAUUGAGAAUCUGACUGACAUUGUGGAACAUCUCGACAACAUGUCAUCAACCAAGGAGAAUUUGAACAAUGGUUCAGCACUGGAAAAAAGAAAAUUGGAAUCUUGUCAGAGCCAAGAUGACAUUAGACGACAGAGCCUGGAACAGCUGCGGGCACUGCGACAGAAAAGAGAAGCUGUUGAAGACGAAGAAAAACAGAUUGAAGCACUCAUUGCCGACAUUGACAAACGUCAGAACAGUGCUAAGUUCUCCAGUACAGCAGCAAGCAAAUUUGCUAAUGAAGAGCAAGCUGCUCAACAAAAGGAUGAUUCUUCAUAUGUCCUUUGUCAAUACGAUUCCUCUGAAAAUGAGGAAGAAAAGGCUCUGAAAACGGAACACAGAUCAUGGAUCAUGAUGUGGACCUUCCCCACACCGAGAUCGUAUUUGAAAACUUAUGAAGAAAGAAAGAAGAAAAAUGAGCUGAUUCCAAGAGACAUCAGCAGAGAGGAGCUCGAAAAAAACUUUUUGGAUGCUUUGAACAAGUGCCAGCUGAUGGGGAAAUUGAGGCAGAUGAUAGUGGUUUACGAACCACACAAGAAGCUUAUGCCGGAUGGCAGUGCACACGAAAUGCACUACCACGUUUGUUUCAAGAUGUCUGCAAACUUUGCCCACAAAGGGGUGUCCAACACACUUGCUCAACACUACGGGCUACAUGGACACAUGUCGUACCCGAGGAAAGGCUGGUACCAAAUGGCAAAGUACGUGCUCACAGACUCUGCUGUGAAGCUACCCGUACAUUUAGACCCGACUCCAUUAUUCUGGCCGACAAGAAUGACAAAAGAAGACAUGCUGAAGAAGAUGCAGCUCACCGAAGAGGACUACUUGAAAAAAAGAGCGGAAGAAAAUAGGAUGCAAUGGAAGGAAGAAAGCAACAAUGGCGAUGGUACACAUCAGGACCGAUGGAGAAAAAGAAGGAGAGUGCUCGAUUUCUCCGAAUUUUCCGACUACGUCCUACACCACAAAAUCACAAACGAACAAGAGUUCUGGGUGUUGGCUUGUAAGGAGAAAGAAGCAGGCAAUCCAACUCUGUGGAACUAUGGUGGAACGGCGGCUGUGGCCAAACAAAUCCAGAAAUGCAAUAAGGCACACAUGGCCCAAUUCCGGGACGAUGUCUUUUUAGGCACCUCGAAAGCUACAAGCAAAUAUCCAUUAUCUGCUUUCAACAUCCCAGACACAAUUCGUGUUUGGAUGGAACACUUCAAAGGUGAAAUGGCUCUUAUCAUCCAAGGCGAGGGAGGACUUGGAAAGACAGAAAUGGCAAAGGCAAUAUUGGCCUCAAUGGGAAAGUACUUUUUUGUGGACAGUUUGGAUACUGUGAAAUCAUUGCUUUUCACAGGAAAAGAGUCGAUUCUUUUCGACGACGUCACACUGCAGAACUUCUCAGUUGACGAGGUGAAGUCAUUUCUCGACGUCAAAUCGGAAAGAGCCGUGAAAUGCCGCCAUGAGGAUGGUUUUAUUCCUGCUGAUACUGUCAGGAUAUUUCUAACAAAUCAUGAACGGCAUACCUUUUUUCCAAGGGAAACUGAGAACAAAGAUCAUUCAAGGGCCAUCAACAGAAGAAUGAUCUGGGUCACAGUGACCGAGAAACUGUUCACGGAAUCAGAUGGAAAGACUCAAAAAGACAAAGAAAAUGAAGUUGGAGUAGAGUGUGAGUCGGAGAUUCCGGUAAUGGAUGAUCUGGAAACACUCAAAACAAAACAAUCGAGGACUGCAAAGGAACCUUCCUUGAAAAGCCCAUUUGAUGAAGAAUAUGAACCUUUGUUAGAAGAAUACGACAUGUUCGACGGAGAUGAGGAAGCUGCAAUGUGGAUGAAUCUUUCUUCGGAAGAUGCAUGCAGAGAAUCUCCUGGCAGCUCAAAAGGAUUGCCUUUGCUGAGUUCAGGGAAAACCUCGCCUUCCGCAAACAAAGAGCUUGAAGCAAAAAUGAUGAUUGAGAAAGAGACAAAAAGACCCGGAAAAGAUGAGACCGCUCACCUUGGAAAAGACACGGUUUCGAUUGAGAAUCAUGAACAUGAUCGACCUGAACCCCAAAAAAACAUCAAUCGAGUGAAGUGCAUUGCCGAAAACAGUUUCCGACCUUUGGUCAGAUACAGGAGAAAGAGCAAGCCGAACCCUCCAUGGCACCACUAUGAACAUCGAAGAAGAGAUGUACGAUGGGGCACGUCACAGAAGUCAUGGUGGCCGUGGCAAUCAUGA